AUGUGGGCACUGCAUAAGAGUUUUCCCAAGCUCAGCAUCAACCAAGGAGCUUCACCACCCUCAAGAAUGACAAUCUUCACUGCUCAUAUGGCCGGUGCCUUUGGCAUUCUUGGCAACAUUGUGUCAUUCUUGGUGUAUUUGGCCCCAUUGUCGACCUUUUCUAGGAUAUAUAAGAAGAAAUCAACAGAAGGGUUUCAAUCUAUACCUUAUGCGGUUGCACUAUUCAGUGCCAUGCUAUAUUUGUAUUAUGCCAUUCUGAAGACAAACGGGAUGAUGCUCAUUACCAUCAACUCCAUUGGAUGUGUCAUGGAAGUUACAUAUCUCAUCAUCUUCAUGAUUUAUGCAACAGAACAGGCCAAGAUCUAUACUAUAAAGCUGCUUGUCCUAUUUAACAUUGGAGCAUAUGGGUUGAUAGUAUUUUCCACAUCCAUAUUCUCAGAUGGGCACCGUCGAGUCACGGUUGUUGGAUGGAUCUGUGCUGUGUUUUCUGUCAGCGUUUUUGCUGCUCCUCUUAGCAUCAUGAGGCUAGUCAUAAGAACGAAGAGUGUCGAAUUCAUGCCAGUUUCCCUAUCAUUCUUUCUUACAAUAUGUGCUAUUAUGUGGUUCUUCUACGGCCUUCUGAUCAAGGAUUUCUACAUAGCAACGCCAAAUGUUGUAGGGUUUAUAUUUGGAGUUGCACAAAUGAUACUAUACGUGAUCUACAAGGACAAAAAGAAGCAAAUUCAGCCAGAAGUUAAGCUACAAGAAUUAGCAACUGUCAUAGACUUGAGCACACUGGAAAAACAUGAAAAUGCAUGGACAGAACCGAAGAAACCAGAAGACAAUAUUGCAGAGAACGAAGAAGCUGGCAAUAAAACCAUACAACCAAAUGACUCCAAUGCAUGA